GUCACUCCCAUAGCAAGAGGGGUUGAGUCCAGAAAAUUGUCUCUAUGAGGUAGAGGGAGAAGACACAGGCUCUGCCCUCAAAACCCCUGUCAGGCUGCAGUGGGGGCAGACAGAAGAGUCUGCUGUGCAGGGGCAGGAGACAUCAUAGAGGGACCAAGGAGUCGAAGAAGGUCUCCAGGACAUCCAGCAUCCUCUGGUUCUGGCUCUAGAGGAUGGGUGAGUUGGAGGGACAAGGAUGGCCAGACUGCCUGUGGCCAUGAGCACUUCCCAGUGCUCCUAGGCUGAGGCUUGGCUGGCAGCCAUGGGGUUGGGCAAGCCCUGGGCCUGGCUGUUGGGCUUGCCCACCGCUGCGGUCUAUGGCUCCCUGGCCCUCUUUAUCUCCAUCCUGCACAACGUGUUCCUGCUUUACUACGUGGACACCUUUGUCUCAGUGUACAAGAUCAGCAGAGCUGCCUUCUGGGUCGGAGAGACGGUGUUUCUCCUCUGGAACAGCUUCAAUGACCCCCUCUUCGGCUGGCUGAGUGACUGUCAGUUCCUCAGCUCCCAGCCCCGGUCGGGCACUGGGCUCUCCUCGAGGGCCGUGGUGCUGGCACGGGUACGGGCCCUGGGCAGGCAUGGGCCGCUGCUGGCACUGUCAUUCCUGGCAUUCUGGGUGCCAUGGGCCCCAGCUGGCCUGCAGUUCUUGCUGUGCCUGUGCCUCUAUGAUGGCUUCCUGACACUCGUGGAUCUGCACCAUCAUGCCUUGCUGGCUGACCUGGCCCUCUCAGCCCACGACCGCACGCACCUCAACUUCUACUGCUCCCUCUUCAGCGCAGCUGGCUCUCUCUCUGUCUUUGCCUCCUAUGCUUUCUGGAACAAGGAAGACUUCUCGUCUUUUCGUGCCUUCUGCCUGACACUGGCCGCUGGCUCUGGGCUAGGCUUUGUGGGGGCCACACGGCUGUUGAGGCGGCGGGUCGAGAUGGCCGGCAGGGAGCCAGGGUACCCAGAUCUGGCUGUGGACAGCGGUCUGUGUGGAGAGGAGCUUCCUGUAGGCGGUGAGGAGGCGGGCAGUAUCACCUUGGGCCAGUACCUCCGGCAACUAGCACAUCACCGGAAUUUCCUGUGGUUCGUGGGCAUGGAUCUGGUGCAGGUAUUUCACUGCCAUUUCAACAGCAACUUCUUCCCCCUCUUCCUGGAGCAUCUGUUGUCAGACCACAUCUCCCUCUCCAUGGGCUCCUUCUUGUUGGGCAUCUCCUAUGUCGCUCCCCAUCUCAACAACCUCUACUUCCUGCCCCUGUGCCGGCGCUGGGGUGUCUACACCGUGGUGCGGGGGCUCUUCCUGCUUAAGCUAGGCCUGAGCCUUCUCAUGCUUUUGGCUGGCCCCGACCGCCCCGGCCUGCUCUGCCUCUUCAUUGCCAGCAACCGUGUCUUUACUGAGGGCACCUGUAAGCUAUUGACCUUGGUAGUCACUGACUUGGUGGAUGAGGACCUGGUGCUGAACCACCGCAAGCAGGCCGCCUCAGCGCUCCUUUUUGGCAUGGUGGCCCUGGUGACCAAGCCAGGCCAGACCUUCGCCCCGCUGCUGGGCACUUGGCUGCUGUGCUUCUACACAGGUCAUGAUCUCUUCCAGCAGCCCCCACUGGCCCUUGUAGGGAGUGCCCAGCCCUGGCCAGAGCCCCCGGCCCCACCCCCAGCUCAGGCCCCGGUGCUCCGCCAGGGCUGCUUCUACCUGUUGGUGCUGGUGCCCAUCACCUGUGCUCUGCUGCAGCUGUUCACCUGGUCCAAGUUCACACUGCAUGGGAGACGCUUGCACAUGGUCAAGGCCCAGCGCCAGAAUCUGUCACAAGCUCAAACCCUGGGCAUUAAGACUGUGUGAGAGGUGCAGCCAUACCACUCUGCUGAGAACACUGCCUGCAAUUUUGGGAAGGAGCCGCUUUUGCCAGCCUGGUGUUCUGCUCUGCCUUCCUUGGGUGCAGCCUGGAGGACAGAUGGCAGAAUGGGAGCUCCUGCGGCUGAGCCGGGAGCAGCACUGGGUCUUAAGAUCCUGCUUGGCUGGCUGGCCCAACUUGGGCAAGAACUGGGCCAGAAGUGUUCAGGGACCUGCUUCCCCCUCAGGGGCAGGAGAAAGAAGAGGCCGAAGGACGGAUGGGGCUGCCUCAUGGUCACAUGGGGUUGCCACGGGGCACGGAGUCCUAUCCGACCACCUGGCUGGGGCUGCAACUUCAUGUGGGCUCAGGAACCACUUUUGAUACUGCAACUGCUCCCUUUCAACCAGCCAAGGGAAGCUGACCAUAAGUCCCGCCUACCCUUCCGUCCACCCUUCCAGUGGUUUCUCUGGGUUCUCUGCUUCAGCUGUGCCUGAAGUAGUACGCCCCUGCUAUUGCAGGGCUUCCCCACCCCCACCUGGCCUCUAAAGAGGUUCAGCUCAUCACAGAUGGAUUAAAGUCUUUUUGUUCCCA